AUGGCACACCAACAGCUCGGCCCAGUUCUUCGGGUCGGUCCUAAAACACUUUCUUUCUCUGCUCCUGAGGCAUACAAAGAUAUAUAUGGCCAUGGUUCUCCAAUUCUCAAGGAUAUCUUUUACGAUAAUUUGGCAAACGGCAAUCCGUCCAUGGGCGAUGCGACAGAUCGCCAACUGCAUUCAAUCAAGCGAAAGAAUCUGUCAAGUAUAUUCUCAGCAAAAAACAUUCUGAGCAUGGAACCUAAAGUGACAAGCUCAGUGGAGGAGUUACUUGCAGCAAUCCGCAUUAAGCUGCAUGGAGGAGCUUUAUCCAACGAUGACAAGCACGUGGUUUUGGAAGGCGUAUUUGAUGUACAACCCUGGUUGAACAUGUUUUCAUACGAUGUCAUCUCCAAAAUGCUAUGGUCUUCAUCUUAUGGAUUCCUGAAAUGCGGCAGCGAUGACUGUAACUCCAUGGCCGGCGAUGGACGCGUCCUGAAAGUGCCAGCGAUUCGAUGCUUCCAAGCUGGUAUUUCAAGGUUUGUUACGAAGCCGAUGUAUCAGACGGCAGCUGCAGAUCAUUUUUCGGGAAUGGCAAGAUAUGGUAUUGUCAAGCGCAUGGAACGAGGCGAGUCCGAGGACGUUGAUUUCUUCUCUUUCUUUCCGACGCAAAAGACUAAGAGAUGCCCUGUUCCUAUGGAGUUGCCAGAACUCAUCGCAGAGUGCGGUACAUUUUUGAAUGCGGGAAAUGAUACCAUCCAGAUCUCCCUUACCAAUACCAUGUAUGAGCUUGCAUCUCACCCAGAAAGCCAACAGAAGCUCUACAAGCUUCUUACUGAAUCAUUGCCAAAACAAUCGCAGCCAAUUGCUUCAUACAUGGAGCUGAGUAAGAUACCGCUUUUGACAGCAGUUUUGGACGAAACAUUCAGGCUAUUACCUCCAGUUCGAUUCAAUCUACCACGAAUAAUUGUUCAAAAUGGAGCCGUGAUUGCGGGCCACCAUGUUCCAGCCGGAGUGACCGUUUCCUCCUCCGUAUACAUAAUGCACCGAGACGAGAGCCUCUUUCGAGAACCUUUGAGAUGGCUUCCAGAACGAUGGCUUCCCGAAAAUCCAGACUUCUCAGAUGAAGAAAGAAGGAACCUGAAGGAUUUUGUUCUGCCGUUUACAUUGGGAGGAAGGGCGUGUAUUGGGCGCAAUCUGGCUUACAUGGAAUUGAGCGUUUGCAUCGCCGCGCUUGUCAUGGCUUUUGAAUGGGGUAUUUCCGAGGACGAUGAGAAGAAGUUUAGCCAUUGGGAGAGCAUAAAUUGUACUCCCAGAGGCCUCAAGGUGACUGCCCGUCCCAGAUCAACCACUUGA